AUGUCUUUGGUGAUCCUACAUCUAGGACAACGAAGUUCAGGCUUGAAGCUUGAAUUCCCUGUGAGACAAUUAAUCCCCAUACGAGCAGAUACCCAUUGUUUCGCGUACUCCGAAUUGCAGCGAUUGCCUUGCAUCACAUUCCCUGUCAGCAUCGGAAGUCAGACAGUGAAGAUCUGCCGCAAAACAUUAUACGACAGCAAUGUGAUAACCAAAAUUUACAAGCUGGUAAACGGAGAAGAGCAGAUAGAUAUUAUCGUGACCCACUGGGAUUGCGCAAUAGCUCCCAUUCUCCAAUUUCAUUCCACCGUCGUCAUGAGCUACAUCAAAGCAGACAGCAUCGUCAUCAUGUAUCCUGAAUGGAUUUACGACGGAAAGCCUGAGAGUUUCGUACAUUCGCGCCUUUACAUGGAAGGCAAAACAAACACACGCACCAUCGAGGCACUGAUGAAGUACACAGAGCGCGGAUUCAAAUUGUAUGCGGAGCCUUUCAAGUUGUGA